GGAGAGAGCAAACACAACUCAAAUUCUCAAAAACAGAAACAAACAAACAGUAUACACGAAGAAAGGGAAAAGCACUUCACCCCCCUUUGAUUCUUGGCGACAACUGAAAAAAAAAAUUGUUCUUUUUAUUUUUGUUUCUUCAAAAUAAAAAAAAAUAAACUGAAGAAGAACAGAGUGUGAGUGAGUGAGACUGAAGCGGUUUUCAAUUUUUGUUACCAGCUAUUAUUCGGAUUAUUGAUCAUCUUGUUGCUGCGAUGAGCAACGCAGGACAACAGCAACAGCAACAAGGGAUUGAUGAAGCAAUUCUUGACGACAUAAUCCGCCGCCUUACGGAGGUCCGAUUGGCCAGACCUGGAAAGCAGGUUCAGCUCUCUGAAGCCGAGAUCAAGCAGCUUUGUGUUGCUUCCAGAGACAUCUUCCUUCAACAGCCUAAUUUGUUAGAACUCGAAGCCCCCAUCAAGAUUUGUGGUGAUAUUCAUGGGCAGUACAGUGAUUUGUUGAGGCUCUUUGAGUAUGGAGGUUUACCUCCCAGUGCUAAUUAUCUCUUUUUAGGAGACUAUGUCGAUCGCGGGAAGCAGAGCUUGGAAACUAUAUGCCUCUUGCUUGCCUAUAAAAUCAAGUAUCCGGAAAACUUUUUCUUGUUGAGGGGAAAUCAUGAGUGUGCUUCCAUCAAUAGGAUAUAUGGAUUCUACGACGAAUGUAAGCGGAGGUUCAAUGUGCGGCUCUGGAAAGCCUUUACGGAUUCUUUUAAUUGUCUGCCUGUGGCAGCCCUUAUAGAUGAUAAAAUACUGUGCAUGCAUGGUGGCCUUUCCCCUGAACUCACAAACUUGGAUCAAAUUAGGAAUUUGCCGCGUCCUACUGCUAUUCCAGACACUGGCUUGCUUUGUGAUCUGCUUUGGUCUGAUCCGGGUAGAGAUGUGAAGGGUUGGGGUAUGAAUGACAGAGGAGUUUCUUACACAUUUGGCCCGGAUAAGGUUGCGGAGUUUUUGACAAAGCAUGACUUGGACCUUAUUUGUCGUGCUCAUCAGGUUGUAGAGGAUGGAUAUGAAUUUUUUGCUGAAAGGCAACUUGUUACAAUAUUUUCGGCUCCAAACUACUGUGGCGAGUUUGACAAUGCUGGUGCCAUGAUGAGUGUAGAUGAAAACUUGAUGUGUUCCUUUCAAAUUCUCAAGCCUGCAGAGAAAAAGAUAAAGUUCGGAAUGGCAAACAAGAUUUGAUGGUUGGCACAAAAGUGUUGCUUAAUUAAGGUUAAGUUAAAAUCAGAAGAUGGUGGAGAUUGCCUGGUCUUCAGUUCUAUCCGAUUUUAAGACGAUGAUGGAGUUUAAUGCUACAUUCAAUCCAUGGAGGCGGGGGCCAUAAAGUGCAAAUUGUAGGAUUUUAAUCACAGUUGGAUUUGGAUGGUCACAAGCAAAAGCUUUGUUUUAUUUUUUUAUUUUUUAUUUUUCUCUUUCAUUUUCUGCCUAAUUAUUCUGCAACCCAUUAUGUACAUGUAUGUGUUGUAGAUGGGUCAGGGAAAUAGCCUCCUUUGUUCCGAAGAUAGAGCUGAAUGUGGUAACUUUUUUACCCAAUUUUAUUGACACACUAAAAAUGCCAUUGUCGGAUUUAGUUUAAUGAUUUUAAUGUUUUUAUAUUGUUUUGUAA